UUUGGGGUUCGUCUCACUUUGUCUAGACAGUCUUAAGCGGUCUGACUGUGAGUGCGUGUGUGCAUCUGUACUCCUGAACUCGACCAAACCAUGAUAAAAUCUUCCAGAAAUGCUUCCCUGCUUUUUACAACCAUUCAAACUGCCUGAUUAUUGCUGUGCUGGAGGAUUUUAAGUGCAACAGUUGUACUUCUAGCAAGUCCAGUCAGCAGGAAUGUAACCUACAUUACAGAGGAAAAACGACGACAUUUUCCUCUGAGUGCGGCUACAAGCAUGUGUUUUUGUUUUCAUCCUCUGGUCUGAAGCUACAUUCCAUCUCUGUGCGUUGUGCGAGACGGUGAGAUUGCCGGAGAGUGACUCACUAAAACCUGACCCAGCGAUGAGGUCAUCACUGGAGGACGCGUGGAGUAAAAGUGAACUUUGAUGCUGAUGUCUGGGAUCAUGUCUAGGAAUCCCCAGACAUUUUGGAAUUGUACAAUGUGAGUGUGUGUGUGUGUGUGUGUGUGUGUGUGUGUGUGUGUGUGUGUGUGUGUGUGUGUGUGUGUGUGUGUGUGUGUGUGUGUGUGUGUGUGUGUGUGUGUGUGUGUGUGUAGGAUGACAUAAUUUCUUGUGCAUCAGACAAAUUCCAUGUGAUGGUGUGUGCAUGGCCUUCUUAUUGUGACCUAAAACCUCAUAACACAAUCUCUCCAAGAACUCAAUAGGAGAGACAAAUGGAAAUACAUGCUCCGCUCAGCACAGCUGUUUUACAUUUCUGGUACAACCACAGAUGAAAAAAUAAAAGAUAAAUGCUGCUCAACAGAGGAGAUGAUGUUCAUGGAAAGAAGGAGCUCUUAUCUAACUAAGUAUUGUACACUAAAGUAGGUCAUUGGAUCCAGAUUCAUACACUUCUAGUUUGUUUGAAAAUUAAGUGACUCAUUCGUCAUUACUUUUUCCAAAAAUUUACUUCACCUUCAAACUUUGCAGAGACUUUCUGAAUCCAAAAAAUUAGGGAAACUUUCUUUUGGCACUAAAAAUACACUAGGCCACUGUAUUCUUUCACUGCAUUUCAACUCUACCACAAAUCCAAAUAUAAAAAAACAGUAAUUAAAACCUUAAAACAAUGUAAUUUAAGACUGAACUUUGUAAAUAUGGAUGAGCUGUAUUGUCUGACAUUAGAUUUUUCAAUGUAUUCAAAAGGAGUGGCUAUUUAAUGUACCUGUAUUUUUAUAUACAGUGCUCCUCUACAACGUUUCAAGUCUCGAGUGUCUCUGCUCUGGUGUCAGUUUACAGGCUUCAAUAUAGACAUUGUUAGUUGAGCAGCAUCACCUGCUGGCUUAAUGGAGAACUGCCAACAUUAAAGUAACUACCAUCUGGGAUAAGACAGAAACAUCUGCAACAUGGAGCUAGGACAGAGAAAGUCUUUUGUCAGUGACCAACCAAUGGUAAGGUUUAAACCUAAUCUAUUGCUCCAUCUCAGUCAAUCUGUAUUUAUAUAACACUAGUUAUGACUAAUAUUAUUUCAACACACUAUACUAAAGGAGCAGAUCAAGUCCACACUCUUUGUUUUAUCAUUUACAAAGAAUAUAAAACUUUUAUGUCAUCUCAGCAUGAAUACACCAUAAGCAAAGUAAGUAACAGUAGCAGGCAGAAACCUUGAAAAGAACCAGGCUCAUGUUAGACAUGUUAAGCAAAUGACAACAAAUAUGAAUAAGAGGGAAAAUCCAUUUACAGAGUAAUAAUAAUAAAAAAGGAACAAAACAUAUCUUCAUGAAAUCACACUUUAUCUAAACUCUUCCCUGCAAUCAUUCUGAAAGCUUGAGAUAAGCAACAGCUACGUCUGCAGGCAGAACUGUGGGGAAGUGGCUGAGGGAUACCAAGGACCUCGGUACUUGUCCCAAAAUAGUUUCACAAUGGCCCUGUAGACGUCUCAGCCGUUGCUCAAGCUCCCAUUUUGGGUUUGGAUGGCUCACAAAGCACUGAGCCAAAGUUAUGAAUGAAGAUGUCUCAGCCAGAGAAAACGUGAUGUUACGGGAAACCAAGCUCCAAACAAUGAAGGGAAAAGCAGCACUGGCACUGUCAAGCACUCAAGACAAUAGAUACAGAGUAACUUGAUUGUUAAGAGCUUUUAAAGUUCGUUUGUAACACAAGGGGGCUUCAUAGAAACUGAUAUUUAUAGUAUGUUGUGUAAAAACAUGCUAAUUCAAGCCCUUUAUCCAACUCUAAAAGAUCCAACUGUACACCUUAAAGACAAUUCAAGGAAAUAAUUACGCUCAAAUAUAGAGAAAUAAAUCUGACUUUUCCAAGGAUCAGGUGGUGCUUGAGCAUGUAAGAAACAUUCAUUUACACUCAGCAUCAGAAAAAGCCUGGUAAAUUUUCAAAGUAGUGACCUACUUUAUAUAAAAUCUGUAAAUAUAUUUCAUAUUCAUCCCUAACUACACUACACUGGUUAGCUCACACAGGCACCUGGAGAUAUGAUCCAAAGCCAAAUAUUUACCAAGUUUGGACAUUCUAUGAAAUCAUUCUUGCUAUGCAAACUAGUGGGCAAAAGAAACAUUGUGAAAUACCAGACCCCAUGUUUGGGUACAGGGCCUCCAGUGGUUGAGUGAGCUUUGACCUAAAAUAGGUCUGAGAAUGUGGAUAUGCUCUAUGAAUAGAGAUAAAACAGACCACGGAGUGAGGGUGAAAUUCAAAAUGAUAAAAUAACUCAGGGGCCUCCAAAUGAACCUUCAGACAUCAGUGCAGAGAAAUAGGGCUUCGUGUUAGAUGGUCAUUUGCUGAGGGCAUGGGAAAAUCUGUACUGACAGAGGAGAAAGUUUAGUCUUUUAAACUGUAAUGUAAUCAUGCCACUAGGAUGUCAAGUUUGAAAGGGUUUCUGUAAUUUAAGAGCAGCUUCUGACAACUGGUUAUGGAUUUUGUGUUUUUUUCCCUAAGAACAAACAGGAAGGACCAAACAGGAUUUAUCUCUGUGGGAUUUUUUUGUGUGUAAACUUUAAAAAUGCUUUUGUCUUCUAUUGUCAUGGUUGUCAUCAUGAUGAAAGCAUAUUUCUGACUAUUUCUUUUAUCAAAAACAGUGAAGAACUAUUGUAUUAAAAAAAGGUGAUGAUACACACAUUUACUUAGGAGAGAGUGGGGUAAGAUGAGCCAUUUUUCAUAUUUCAGAUCACUACAUCAAGGCAAUCAUAGUUUGGUCUCUAACUAGUGUAUCUGCAUAUAUUUCAGGAUGUUGUGCAUCCCUGCAAACCAACAGAAUGAGUGUCAACAUAACUGUCUUGAUAAUAUAGCAUGCCAAAAAAAGUGGUCUCCUAUGGUUAACUAACCCGGUGUAUGGGGUAAGUUAACCAUGAAAAGAAAAAGUAACACAUUCCAACAAUCUGAACUGUAACUCUGAUCCUCUCAUCAUACUCAUUUACUUCUUCAGCUGAGCCACUGGCUCAACUUACCCCUGAACUAUUAUUAUGACUUUAUUCAUCCUCUAAGCUAAAAUGGUGGACUUUUAUGCUAGUUUAAAAAGAUCUUUUUUGGUCUGAACACAAUUCAUAUAAAACUUAUGACGGACUAAAUUCACUUUCAAGAGUGAAAAAUGUUUUUUUGUAAAUAAAUGUCUAACCCCUUCACCCGUGUGCUUCUAACCUUCACAGACUCCAUGAAUUGAUGCCCAUCUCCUAAAUAUUUGAUCAAUUUCUUUUAUCAUUUCCAAGCAACAGAGGGUGGCUCAACUUACCCUUUGGCUCAACUUACCCCACUCUCCCCUAUAGAUCAAAUGCACUGGUCAACGUUUGACUUUGAAUCGAUCUAUAAUCAGCCUUUGAGAAGACAAUAAAGGUACUGCUGUGUUUCAAAAGACAGCAAACAUCUCAACUCCAUUCAUGAGCUCAAUAGUAAAGAUUACAACAAUUUGGAUAGAGAAUUGUCUUCAAAUUAAGUGGGCCACUGCGAGUACCAAAACCUGCCACUAGAGGGUGCACGACCCAGACCAUUAUAAUCAAACAUGUAGACAACUAGAGGAAACAUCGAGUGGCUCCUCAAAUAGACAGUAACAUCACACGAAACCAUAAAAAAAAACAAUAUAUAUAAAAACCUUUAAUUCACUGUAUACACGUAGAAAAGAAGCCGAGGAUACCAAAUCGAAAAACUUUGCAUUGGAGCUCAAAUAAUCUCAGUGCUCCUAAAACACAACAACAGUCUUAUCUAAAUGUGUGUUGAAUCAUACAUGCAGCCUGCCGGGUCGCUGUUAGCCCUCUUAUGAUUUGGACUCUCCCGGGUGUCUGCGGUCCCUCCUCCAUCAAACGUCAGAUACGAGCUGUAUAAAGAAACAUGGGAGUCCAUACUCUGCGCUCAAAGUCGCUCAUACCUCGGUGACCUACCAGUCUGUGGUUGGCCUGCGUACAGUCCAUCCGGCGGCACGAGACUUUAAUGAGACAGAGAAGAGGAGAAAAACGCCGAGCUGUUCAGUCAUCUGGAGUGAGAAUGGUAAAGACAAGUCUUUCUCUUUCUACAGUAAUAUUUAUGCCGGAUAAAAGUCUGAUAUGCAGGACUUUUACUAACUGAAGUCUAAUGGGCAAACAAAAACCUGGAUUUCUGCUGAUGACAAAGGGGACUGCUCCAAGAAAAAGAACUAAGUGAGGAGUUAUUCAUCAUCAGAUCCAGAGGAGGGAAACAUAAAGAAGAGCAGGUUUUAUCAGUUUGAUUUGAAGGCUUCAUACCAACUCUGACCUCGGCUGAUCAUUUAGACUACCGAGUGAACCAGAUGCAAAGAGAAAGAUGCAUUUAGGAAAAGUUUUAUUUUUUGUCCUUCUCCUCCACUGCGCGACUUUAAGCUCCUCUCUGUCAACCUGUGCCACUGUGGACAUCGACCACGUGAAACGAAAGAGAGUAGAAGCGAUACGAGGACAAAUUCUGAGCAAACUCCGGCUGACGUCCAUCCCGCACUCCCUGGGACCGACUAAGAUCCCGUAUCAGAUUCAAGCGUUGUACAACAGCACCAAGGAGCUGCUGGAGGAGCUGAGGAGGGACCGGCAACAGAGCUGCGGACAGGACAACACCGAGACCGAGUACUAUGCCAAGGAGAUUUACAAAUUCAACAUGGUCUACGGACCACCUGAGAACAGUGAGUAUCAGAUUUCGCUAGGGCCCGUGACACUAUAUUCACGCCAGCAGCUGGACGGUUCAGUUGCUGGCUCAAAUAUCGACGCGUAAUUACGCACCGUGCUAGCCGGACGCACCAAUCUCAAAACCAAAGCUGAGUUUUUUCACUGAUAAAGGUCCUUAUCAUUGAUCCUUAAAGCUCGAAAACACUUAAUUUAUAUUAGUUGUUAGAGCUUGGUUUGGUUCUUUCUCCUGUUACAUUUGUGAGCCCUUGCACACGUGUUUUAGUCAUUUGGUGCAGAAUUAAUGUUUUCGUGUAGCAUUUUUUAAUCGCUAAAAACAUAGUUUGAAUAUAAUGAAACAAGUCUGCUGUGUAAAAGUAACCCGUAUCUCAAAAGUUUAUUUCCUAGACACAAAUGUCCAGUUUCAUAGUAUAAGAUCCACAUCCCUUUUGCACGUUAGACCAUCUUCCUGAAAACUGUUGCUGCCACAGUCAUCUUGCAAGUAGACAUAUUACCACGGACCCCAGUUUCAACAGAUGAAUGUGAAAGUAGUCUCUUGUUGAUUACACAACCGACACUCUGCAGUGACGUUGUGACUUACCAUGAGGUAGAAAUACUAACAUGUCUGAGGACUGACUUCAAUAUAAAGGAAAUUUUAAAUAUCCCUAAUUUUUUGUCUGAGCUGUACUUUGUUGGGUGAACUUGUUUGGAAUUUUGUUACUGCAGAGCUCAUUAACCUGUUUCAAUCCCUCACAAGUGUUCCCAGAAAGUCUCCCUUCUUAUACUCCUCCUUCCUACUUCUCUCUACCUCCUCCUGUGUUUUUUUCUUCCAUCGAGCUCAUCCCUCUCCCCAGAUGUUCCUGCUUCCUUUCCAGUCAGGCCUAGAUGAGAGGGACAUCUGCCCAGAAGCACAGGGAUGCCUUUAGGACAAGAAGUGGGAAAAGUUAACUAAGAUGAACAGGAAAAGGACUUUUACACUAGUCUGUGUAAAGUCUGGUGAUUACAGCCACUUCACUGGAAGCUUUGGUCAGUGACCCACACAAGUGGCCUAGAAGCACGAGAUCACUCACAGAUCUGCUCAGGUCUAAAUUAACUAAAUUAUGUGUAACACUGUAAGGUUAUUCAUCCCCCGAAUCUGCAUAAUUACACUUUACUUUUAUAUUACUUUCAAAUUACAUUAGGUAAAAUUUAACACUUGAGUAUGAACAAGCUCUAUUUUAUCUGUUAAAUAUUCAGUUUGACUACCCAGAGGCCCACAUUGUUUUAAAAACUCCAAGUGAUUUAUAUUAAACCUGGAUUUGAAGACUAUUUUGCUGAACUAAAGUUCUGAACCAGAGGUUGAAAAAACCUCCGCUGAGAGGGACAUGUGUCAACACUUGAGGGAGAUUCAUACAGCAUGUGCUGGGAGUAAGUCUGGAUUUCUUAAGAAGCAGAAUAGGAUGAAUGCUGUGCGUGUAAAGGAGCCAAACAGGGCCUCAUGGUCUAGAGCAAAGCCAACACCAUUGCAUCACAGUCCCUUUGAAAUCAACAGGUGUUUCUCAAAAGACCCCUUUAGCUCAGGAACAUUCUGUUUUGAAUCAUACAAAAGGGUUUUGACAAAAACAGCAGGCAGUAGGUGUCUUGAGUGUGUGGGUUGGAUUUGAUGAUAAAUGUAGCUCUAACAAGUUUAGAGGGCCCCUUUUUUUAUUAUUCUUAUUGUCUUUUAGCUGACUUUGAGUGGUUUGCUCAAAUGUAACAGCUGCCCUAACAUAUUACUACUUAUAUUUGUGUCUGCCCCAUUCAACAUCUGUAAUUUUCAGAUACUUAAAUAGUCGACAAGCUAAUAAUAUUCUCAAACUUCUACUAUUUUCAUCCCAUAACUCUGGCAUUGGUAUGGCAGAGAUUUAAAUUUGUCCAAGAUGAUCUCAAACAUGGAGGUAUGCGUUUUUAAAUACCCUGUAUAUCCUCAAGCAUACACUAAACUGCCUCACUGAGCCGGCUUAGUGUGUAUUUCAUAUGAUGGAGCAGUUUUAUGUUAUAGAACUGCACUUGACCCUCAUUUUACUGUGGCAGUGACAGCUAGUGUUUUUAAAGAUAAUCCAAAGACAAUAAAAGUUGCAAUAAUGACAUUAUCCGGAUAUUAACAGAAAACUUCAAAAUAAAACAACACAAUCAGUCAAAUUAAGAAAGGCAAGGAGAGGGUGGAACAACACAUUACUUCAUAAACUUAACUCAUUAAUGCAAAUAUCUCUGAAGUCAUCACCCAUUUCUAAAAAUAUUGAAAUUUAUGAUUUCUCAAAAGCCCUUCAUUGUAGAAAGUACUGUCACAUUUAACUGUUGUUUGUUGUGCUUUUAUUUUGAUACUUUUUCUAUCAUGGGUUUCUGUUGCUCCCAAUAGAAGGCAAGUUACAGAACUGUUGAAAAUAAAUAAAAAAAGCCAGGAAGUGAAAAUGUUGAGUUGAUAAGUAACCUAAAGAGGCACAGGCUCAAAAAUUGUGAUGCGUCAGCUAGCUCACUGGCAUUCUGCUGCUUCUUCAUCCAUCCUCUGUUCAUGACGUGUGGCUGCCAGCCUAAAGGACCAUUACAAUAAACUUAUGGUAUUACCGUACGGUUAUUUUUUACUCAAUUUGAAUAUUUUAUAUUUUCAUAAAGACAUAUAUCGCUGAUAGCGGAUUGUUACAUGCCCCUCUUAAAGUCCUUAGAUUACGGUUCCUAAAAUGAAAAUUGUUUAUGGCUCAAAUACAAUGUAGUUCUAUUAUAAGGAACACCAUGAUCUACUAUGAGUGAAAACUACUACUCUGAGGUCAGGGAAGCUUUGCAGACAAGGUGAAAUUAGGAUUAGAUUAGUCCAGUGUUGGUUUCUUGGUUCCUUUGUUCCUUUGUUCCUUCCUUCCUUCCUUCCUUCCUUCCUUCCUUUUAUCCAGCUACCCAUCCAGUUUUGUUACACGUCAAUGUUUAGGACAUAAUGUAAACAUUAUUUUUUCAAUAAUCAGCCAUCAACUAAAGACAUGGACAUUUGGUUGAGACUACAUAGCUCUUCAGAUUGCUUUCGCAGAUGUGGCCAAAAGUAUUUCUUAACUUUUAAAACCAGUCUGAAAUGGAAACUCAAGUUUUUGCCACAGUGUCAACAGGCAAAAGGGAAACGUGCCAGAAUAAAACAGGCCCAAACUAGCGUUUAAAAAUAGACAAUAAUUAGUAGUAUAAUUAUUUUGCAUUCUUCUGAAAUUUAAGUGUCAGUCUCUAGUUGGCUGCUUAAUCUUAUAAAAGUACAACAAAAUGUUUUUUGACUAAAAUAAAAAGGCAUGUGUCUUCAGGUGCUGGUAGGUUUCUCUUAUGGACGGAGCCAGUCUAUUUGUUGGCCUCAGGUUUUAAUUAUUGUGCUCAGCUAGACUUGGCCAAGCUAAACUAACUGGCUGCAGCUUCACUAACCUAGUUAAAAUUGGCUUGUCUAGCUCUUGGCAAGAUACCAUUUAAUACUUGAAACAUUCCUUCAAGAUAUAAACAGGAGACUGAGUAGUAAUUCAACAGAUUGGCUAUUUGACAGACUCUGAGUUAAUCAAAGACACUGCCAUCUUGGAUUGUUGUCUCUGGUGGUUAACAGAAAUAGCAGUCUGUCUUUGCAGCAUAAAACUGUUCUCUGAGCCUAUAAUUCAAAGGGAAACACCCGCACACUGUCCAACUAGCAAAGAAAGGUAAAAUUUAUUUGCAACACUUCAGUACUAGACCUUCAUCAGGCAUGAACCUGUAACAUCAUAAAGGUAAACACAGACACACAUUACCAAGGCUUCUGAGGGUGAACCAUUGGCCUUUGGUAGAUAUGAGGCACCUCUGUGAACUAACACACAUCUGAGACAGGUGAAAAUAAAGAAGAAAGCUCCAUAAAGGCCUGCAGUGAACUGCAUUGAGAGCCUGGUUUGCAAACAUCGGAAAGAUUUCCUUUUAUAGCAUGGCAUGCAUAGAGAAUCUGGCGUAUGUCAAUGCCUGACGUCGGGUUGUGGAGAGUCAUCAUAGUCAGAGAGGGGUUUGGGUCCAAAAAAUUGUCAGUGGCACAGGAGUAGCUGGCUUUCCAAUACACAGAUACCAGAAGCCUGAAGUCAUAUUAACCCUAAUAAUGUUGCUCUUUCAAUUACAACACUUCCUCCCCACCAAAUAUAGACAAAAUGUGUUAGAGAAACACUGAAACAUUUGAUAAGCAAGGAAACCAGCAUUCAUAUAAAUGAAGUAUCAGGCACAAUAGAAACAGGAAACCCAGAUGAUUGUCUUAAAUAGUGUAUGAUUCUUUCUUUUAUUAAUAAAUGUCUUACUGUCAAUCCAUUCCUUUAUUUUCAUGUUAAAGUAUAGCUGAAUUUUUUACACACUUGUAACAAAGUGAUAGUGAAUGAAAAUGUUAUCCAUUGAUGAGAAUCUGAGGACUUGCACUUGCACUUUGUAUGCAAAAUAUGGUGUGACUAAAAUAAAUCUGGCAUCGAGUGGAACGAUUCAUUAAAAACAUUAUUGAAAAAAAAAAAAGAGCUGGAGGUGAAACAGGCUUUAAUUACACCGAAUUGAAGCCAAUUUUUUGGGUUGACUGAUUUUGAAGUUGGGACCAAUCAAAUUCUAAUUCUGGCAGGUCAGAGGUAUAUGAAGUAUUCAUGCACAGAAAAAGGCAGAGCAACAAGCCAAAUCCCCGACUUAAGGACUUUUCUUGAUGACGCCUGCAUAAAAUAGCAGACGGUAUUCAAAAGCAUUACGGCAAUGUGUCACGUGAUGUCACACUGGUCGGAUACAAUAUUUUGCCCACCUAUGCAAUCCGAUGUAAUCCAGCAGCACCACCAGAAAUUGUACUUUUUUUGAAGAUCCUGCAUUUACUGUUUUUGGUGGCAUGUCAGAUCAGUGACAGUUGUACUCAAGUGUACUUUGCUCACAGUUAACAUUGAUGGGUGAUGGUUUUGCUGUAAAAUAAUUUACCAUCUUUCCUGUUUUUACCUUAAUUUUUUUUUUUUUUUAUAAAAUAAGAAAAAAUAUACAUUUUAGCCAUUGCGCUUGGAUGGAAGAUACAAAACAUUGUGAUCUUGUUGUUCAGAGUUGGAGUAGUUGUUGAGGUCUGUUUUUGGACACAUACUGCUUGUAUUACAUCCGAUCCCGAUAAGAAUUUGAAGGUCUGGUUUCUGUCAAAACUUAGAUUUUAUUCUCUCUGUUCCAGAUGAUCUGCUCAUCUGCCCAAAAGGCAUCACCUCUAAAGUUUUCCGCUUCAACGUCUCCGCCAUGGAAAGGAACUCAACCAACCUCUUCAGAGCUGAGUUUCGUGCUCUAAGGGUGCCGAACCAGACCGCCAAGAGGAAUGAACAGCGGAUUGAGCUCUACCAGGUGCGUAAAGGUACCGUUUUCUUGUACUUCUACUAAGAUCAAAGAAGAAACUUCCAGCCAAGGCAACAAGGGGCUCAAAUAUGUCUUUCCUUCAAUAUAUUGAAGUUAUCUGAUAUUUCAAUUGUAGUCAAUCAAAGACAUAGCUUACAUAAGGCAGAAAGUUGAUCUACUCCACAUGAUUUCACGUCCUAAUUGACAAAGAAAGCCAACAAUAAUCAGAUUGUGGUUGAAGUCAUGGAUAAUAGCCAGACCAAAAGCCAAAGAAGCUCAACAGGCUUGCACAAUGUUUUCAGAACCCGGGCAGAGGUAGUGCAGCACUAACAUCCAUGAUCUUAUAUGGUUCUGGUUGUUCAUAGAUCUUAAACAUUUCGCCCUCACAACAGUUCACAACAUUGAUGAAAAGGUGUUCAGGUCUGCUGAGGUAUAAAAUAAAGCAACACACAAUCAGCCCUGUUUGUUAUCCAUAACAUCAUAUCCAAUCCAAUCCAUUUUAUUUAUAUAGCACGAUUUAAACAAACACAAGGUUUCCAAAGUGCUGCACAGCAAGAUAAAAACCCACACCUUCAUAACAAAUCAAUAACACUGUACAUAUUAUCACUCAAUUACAUGGGAAACAUGAAUGUGCAUAAGAGCAAGUCAACCAAAGAAUGUAUUCACGAUAAAAUCACUGAUAUCAAUUUCAUUUUUAUGAUGUCACCAGCUCCAUCUCUCUCUUAGACUUAUUUUAGUCACCCUUUCAAGUCAAACACAAAUGUGCUUUAGUUCUGUUUUUAGUUUUCUUCUUGUGUCAUAGGUGUUGCCUUUUUUAAGGAAUGUUUUGGGGCAUUUCUGCCUUAUUUGAUAGGACAGCAGAAGACAGACAGGAAAUGUGAGGAGCAGAGAGUGGGGGAGGAAAUGCAGCAAAGGGUCGUAACCAGGACAUUGAAUUAGCCUCCCUUGGAAUGAGGACUAUACAACUGGCACCCCAUUUCAUCAGUUUUUAUGCUCUCAUGAUUCAUUUAUUUUAGCUGGUAUGAGUCAUUACAAGUCAGUGGAUUGGAUAUUAAAAACAAUGAGGCAUAAAUUUGACAAAGAACAGUUCACCCACUUACGUCCUGCCGCAUAUCUGCUUUAUUUCUCAUAAUAUUUUGGUAAAUUUAGUUUAAGCAUGAAGAAAAAAAAUGUUCACAGUGAAUCUUUGUCAUCAUCUUACAGAUUGUGAAGCCAAAUGAACACAUCAGGAAACAACGCUACAUUGGAGCCAAGAACGUGUUGACCAAAGGAACUCCUGAGUGGGUCUCCUUCGAUGUGACUGAAACAGUGAGAGAAUGGCUGAUGAAUAGAGGUGAGGCAUCAUGUCCUAAAAUCAUUAAUACCUAGAAUUAUUCCAUGUUUGGAUUCAGGAAUGAGAACUGCACCUCUCCUACAAGUUUUUAAGUUUUAAAGCAUGUUUAAAUUUGAAUACAUAUUGACUUGGGCGUCUUUUCCAAAACUGUCCCCUGUCAGGAAGUAACCUAGGUUUGGAGAUCAGCGUGCACUGUCCCUGUCACACCUUUAACCUGAAUGGCGUCAUCAUUGACAAUGAGAGUGAGGUGCUGGAGGUGAAGUUUAAAGGUGGGCUUUAGCAUCAUUUUGCUGUAUUCUUAUUUAUGACAAAGUUUUUGUUAUGCUGUUUUAAUGCUGUGUCUGUUCAAGUGUUUUCGUCUUAAAGCGUCUUCUCUAAGUUUAGAGUGAAAUCAAACAGUAGCCUGGGUUAGCUUUGCUAAGAAUAAACUCUGAUGUGUCAGACAAGGAGGCGGUUUUUCCUUUUUUGAGUGUUAAUUUCUACAUUGUGUUACAGAAUUACAGGGAUCACAGCUACAUAGUCAAUAAUUUUGUAAAUUGUAUACUCAAAAUGAGUGAAUUACAAAACAAAAAGCCACUUAAUUAUUGGUUUUAAGUACAACUCAGCUGUGUCUAUAAUUAAGGCAUGGACGGAGAAGAGGAGUACAAGCGCCUGGAUCUGGAUCACCUGAACAAAAAGAAGGACCAGUUUCGACCACACCUUAUCCUCAUGAUGAUCCCACCACACCGCCUUGAGAAUCAGUCCUCACGCCGACGCAAGAGAGCUUUGGACACAAACUACUGUUUCUCGUAAGACAUAAAUCAUCUUUAGGAGAGGUUGUCAAAUUUUUAGAAAUUUGUCUGUGAACUUGCUGUAAUGUGUUUUGAGCUUAUUGGAAUUGAACCUGAUGCAUGUAAAGUCUAAAAUAUAUUCUGCCAAAACAACUUAGCUACACCAUUGACCAUUGUUUGAUUAAAAAAAAAACCCUGGGCCUCAUACGCUCGUCUUGUGUUGUCCCACAGAACCACAGAAGAGAGCUGCUGUGUUCGUAAACUCCACAUUGAUUUCAGACGUGACUUGGACUGGAAGUGGAUCCAUGAGCCCAGUGGGUACGAUGCCAACUACUGCUCUGGGCCCUGCCCUUAUCUGAGGAGCUCAGAUACAACACACAGCUCGGUAAGAACGCUUUAACAGGAAUAUGAAACAGGAGUGUUAUCUGUUUUCCUCCUGUAGUGGAAUCUAAAACUAUAAAAAGGAACCUUUCAUUCUCAACAUAACUUAAUGCAUAAGGAAGCUUAUAGUUUUAUGUUAUUUUCACCCCUGCCAGCACUCACAGGCGCUAACAGGACUAAAGUAAUGUCAAUACAAAGACGUCACCAAAGUCAGUUUGUUUACAUGUUGUUAAAAAAACUGUUUAUUGCUGUAGUGUGACUGGAACUGGUCUUUUAAAAACAUGUAAAAUUGAACUUCUUGUUGUCAGAUAACAUACCUACAAAAACACAGUUGGGCAACAAUUUUCUCUGUCACAUAUACAGCUCAGACCUAUUGCAAAUGCUCUGAUGUUCCAGGAUGGGCUUUGAGAUGGAAGUUAAAAAGCACAAAUGUGUUCCUUGGAAGCUGGGUAGUAAAAAAAAACCUGGACAGACGAAGAAAGGACAUAAAAAUGUAAAACUUUCCUAUUGUACAAACAAAUGUCACAGAGCUGUAAAAGUGAUUGUGCUGUCAUUGUUCGGCAUACAUCCUGUUUAAGUCCCAAUCUGAUAAUUUUCUAUUUAAAGUGUUCUCAGUGGUCUUUAAAUUGAGAUUAUAAAGUUUUUAGCCAAAAUCACAUUACAUGUGUCAUUUUCAAGGGCUUUUCUCCUGCAGAGCUCCAGUAGCUCAUUAGCAAUUCGCCUCUGAGUCGUGGGCGGAGACAGUGCUGCUCUGCACACUCCUCUUCUUGCUAGCUUUCAGCUGAACAUUGCCGGUGUAGUUGAAGUGGCUGGUAACACAGCAGCUCUCAGACACUUAUGUCUUUGGAGACAUGAUGAAAGCUAAUAUCAUAAUUAGCUUUUUUACGAGCAUUGCAAUUCGCUAACACACAUGCUUGUUCUGCGAUCGUCCUCUCUCCUUUUUCGAGUGUGACCUGCAUAGUGGGGCUCUGGGGGCGGAGCUUAGAUUUGCUACAUAAAAAUUCUCACUGUUUCAGAGCCUGCAGUUUGGGUCUGCCAGAGAUUUACAACGAUUUGCCUGCAGAAAUGAUAUCUUGCACUUAUUUUUCUCACGAUAUGUCCUGUAGCAUCAGAAAAAUGUCAUAUGAAGAUUUGUAAAUUGUAUUAAUUUGUGACAGGUCUCCCAAUAAACGACCCAAUAGUAACAAGCUGUAAGGGGGCAUAUUGCCACCUACUGUAGCAUGGGCAUACAUGCUUAUGUCAAUAAUUCAAAUCAAAUGGAGCUAUGACUGUAGCUUGACCUAACUGUACUUGUAAAUAUAAAGUGGUCAAAGGAUCAGUAGAAUCUCUCUGCAUAAAAAGGCAAAAUCUGGAAGUGUGAGACAUGAUUUUGUGUCAGAUGUGUUAUAGUUUUCAUUUGUAGUCAAAGAUGUUAUGUUUACUUGCACCUCAGCUGUGUGCAGUAAAGCAGUCUGACAGCAUUAUAGCCUUUGAGAGCAAUGGCCAGCAUUUCAGAGCUUCCAGUGCAACCAGCAGUCAGCAACAGAGGACUUCCAGCCAAGGUGUCAAGCUUUCGAAGAAAUGGAAACUUCAAGGGCUGGACACUAGACACUAGAAAACUUGGAAAAUGCUCCAGUGGAUGGUUAUACUUUAAGAUCUCUGAUUCACUCAUUUCGCUGUCAAUCCAAAAGAGUGUACGCCUUAGACAAAUCAUCCAAUCAUGCAGAAGCCGAGCCUAUGGGCCAGCCCAUUGCCCCAUAGACCCCCAGAGACAAUGAGCAUCCGUGGGCGGGACAAAGCCCAGCAUUUAUCCAAUGACCGUCCAGUUAUGCGAAGUGGGACAACCCACGCUACACUUCCCCAUUGAAGUUAGUAGAUGCUCAGCGUCCAACUGUUUAAAGAAGAAAGUCGUGUCGGUUUCCUGUGAUAAGUAGCUGAUUCUGAACAAAAGAUGUUCUAGCGCAUUUUUAGUCAACAAAGUUUACACACAGCAGUACAUAUUCACCACUUUUUUUUCAUACACAUUUUAGGGGAAGCUGAGCUUCCUUUGCAGUCUUCAAGCAAUCGCCACUGACCGCAACACAUAUUUUGGGAGUAGCAAUCCUGUUAUUACACAUACAAUUUUUUCUCUGUCAUGUUGAGGCAUGGCUCACACUUUCACUCUGGGCUAAGUUGCAUUUUGAAUAGCACUGCAUGUUGUGUCAUAAUGUAUAGACAUGUAAAUGUAAAACAGCUUUUAUCUGGGGUUUUAUCUGAUAAAAUACAUCAUUAGAAUAAUUUUCAGAAGUGAAGUAUUAGCAUUACAGGCUGAUUAUUUAUUGGACUAGUAUAUAAUGAGCAGCCCUGUUCAGAUUUUGGUCAACCAUAUGUUGGUGAUGUUUCAGUGGCUCUAUUCAAUUGAUGAAGACAGUCCAAGUUGAUAUUUCUUUUAACCUGUUUUGGUUCAUAACCCACAUAUCCACUUUAUUGCUAAGUUCAUAAUGCUUUCAGACAAACAUUUUGUUGACUGUGAGCAGCAAUUUUUUAAAAUAUAAGAAAUAUUAUUUAUCAGUGUUGUAUUAAUUGCAAAAAGAAAAAAAAAAAGAAAAAAUGGAGGUACCACAACCAUCCAACUAAAAGCAAAUUAACCUUCCUCCUGUGAAAGCUUUUAUUAUGCACCCACUAUGUUAAGGGUCGGUUUUGAUCUGUGUCUUAAAUCAGCUGUAUAUUACACUAAAAACAAUUCCCUAUCAUCCAAUUUGGUUCUCAUCUCUCGGUUACCUUGUUAGGCUUCAUUAUCCAUGAAAAUAUUGUUUGUAAUAUUUUUAUAGUGGGCUUCUGGGCCUUUCUUUGUCAGUAUACCCCUCACACAGACAUCCAUACUGAAUUGAUCUCACAUGUCUGGAAAUGCCCAACGUUGUUUUUUGUGCAGGAAGAAUUUCCUAAGUCUCACAUGAUUGGAAGAGGAUCUGACUGUCAGUGUGGUGCUUGCUAGUGCACUUAUGAUUUCAGUUUUUGCUCUAAUUAUUGUUUUUUAAUCUAACCAGGUCAACAGCAACCCUAACACGACAAGUGCCAUAAUUUUAAAAAGAGCAUUUUACAAUUUAGUCAAUUAAUUUUUUUAUUUUUAUGUUGUUGAAAUAAAGAUUCCUGACAGAGUCAAAAAGUCUUGAUGCAAAAAAGCUAAUUUUAUUGGUUCUUUUAAGCAUUUAAAAUCAAAAAACAGUUUGUGCAGACCCUAACACAGGUGGAGGGUUAACAAACUUACGUCCCUCAUUUGACCAUUUAUAUGUAACAGUGGAAAACAGAACUGUGAAUUUUAUUUUAAAGUAAGUCUGAUGUGUGCUUUCCACCAGUUGCUGAGCCUGUACAACACUCUGAACCCGGAGGCAUCAGCCUCCCCUUGCUGCGUCCCCCAAGACCUCGAACCCCUCACUAUACUCUACUACUCUGGACGAACCCCCAAAGUGGAGCAACUCUCCAACAUGAUUGUCAAGUCCUGCAAAUGUAGCUGAGGAAAAGAAUUAAAGUCAAGGUAGAAUGGCUGGAUUUUACAAGGUACUGAUGAAACUCAUGCUGAUUGACUUUUUGGACUCUUAGCUGUGACAAAUAUGUAAACUGACCCUGUAGCCGUAUGGCUUUGAUCUGAACCACUCUGGAGGUCAUUUAUUGUUAGGAUGCAGAUUUUUCUUUGGAACUUGAGGUCAUCAUGUUUUUUAUUCCUUUUUUUUGUUAUUGUGUUUUUCCUUCCCACUUUUAGUCAGUUCUGGAUGACAGGUAGUUAUUUUCAUCUUGAAAAUGUCCAAUCCCAGUCAAACUUUAUUUUGUGAUCAAACAUGAUCUUAGAAAUAUUAUUCCAGAUUUUGAAGGGUUGACAAAGCACUCCUAAAACUUAACAGCAAAAAGACAAAAACAUCCAGGAGAUAUUUCUGAACACUGACAGAGAGAGACUCACUUUGAGUUGAAUGUUUUGGUUCAGGACUUGGCCAAUAUUUCAGAAAUGUGAACUGUACCAUUUCAGUUUCUUGCAUUGGGAUGAUAUUGUCACGUCACAAAUAUCAAUCAUGCUCUCUUGAAUGGUCAUCCCUGUCUAGAUUUUACCCUGAACUUCCCUUCAGACAGUGGACACUAACUUCAAACACAAGAGGAGAAAAGACAGACUUGCUGCUGUACCCAAAGCCAUAGCUGUGGUCGGGGAAAAGGAGAGCAGAGAGAAUGCCUGUUGGAUUUGCAAUGGAAAGUAAAUGAACAGAAAACUUGAGCCAAGGCGUUUUUUUUUUCUCUUGGCCAGCCAGCAGCAGUGCCCCCUGUUUUUGAGUGCAUCAAUGUAUUUGAACGGAUGGCGGAAGAAGAAGAAGAGGAGGAAGAAGAGGAGAAAAAGAAGGAGAAAGAAGGAGAAGAAAGAAUAAGAGGUCCUGUGAGGAAGUGAAGAACUGUGAUGGAAACUAGCCAAAAGCACACUGCCAUUCACUUGAAGUCCUCAUCCUGAACAGAUUCAAAUUAUUCUUGGGACAUCAAAGAAUAUGCUGGAAAAGGAGCACAUGUUAUGCAACAGGUUUUUAUGAGAUUUCUUUUACAUUAGUAGCAGAUUUGGUCUGUUAUACAACUUUUCAUAUAGGGGCUGUUUCACUAACUGGGACAUAAAGUAGAUGUGUAUCUUUCCUAUCUGCAGGAGAAACCUUUUAUUGUUGAAUAGUGGUUACAUUUCCCCUCCUUCCCUUCGGGUCCAAAAGUGAAACCCCCAAAACAAGUUUGACCCAUUGUAUAAAUAUCGCUAUUUUAUCCAAAAAUAAAGUUAGAUCUGAACACUUGUAACUGGCAAUUGAAAAGCUUUUAAACUGUUUGUCCUACCAACUCACCUGUCACCCCAGAAAUCACAUGUGUAGUCAGGACGCUAGAAUUCCCAUAACACUGCAGCCUUUCAUUCCCUCUGCUCCGCCUCUGUUUGUUUUGGUGCCCUUUUACAGUGUGAAGCCUUAGUGAAGCAGAAAAAUUAAGAGGGAAGGGGGAAGUCAUGACAUGAUGGUGGCUGGAUGUACAGUAAAACCUCAUUUUGUUUUCGCAGUGUCAGGAAAGUGAUUAUGAAUCCCUGUACUGUUUGACACUCGACCAGUCUGCGUCAUCUUGAGAUGGCACUAAGGUGACCUAUGUGGCAGCAAUUUUGUUGACUGACUUGUUGAUAGUGAUUAUUAUUAAAACACAACAUGCAACACUUG